CUUAGUUAUUAAGUACUUAAUUUUUAUGAAGUUAAAUAAUUUGGUGUUUUCGUGAUUUUUGAAUCAACAACAUUCUAAAGUUCUAGAAAAUAUUAUUAUUUUUAAACGGAGAAGAAAAGUAGUGACAUCUGGAAUCACUUUUCAGUGAUAAAUAAUGAGAAGGCAAAGUGUUCAUACUGUUCAAAUCCAAUUUCGUAUAAAGGGGGGUUCAACUACAAAUUUAACAAAACAUUUAAAAAGGAAACACUAUGUACAAUACGAAGCUAGAAAAAUUCCACGUUUAGAAAUAGUAGAGCAAAAUUUAGAUGAACAUAAACCUGAUGAACCUAACGAGAAAAUACCACAAACCUCACAACCUCAAACUUUAAGUUGUCAACCUUCCACAACGACCAACAUAAAUUCAAAAAAAAACACGCCCAUUACAAACUCGAGUAGAUUCAUGUAUUACGAAACCGAUUUCUCUAAAUAAACAAAAAAUACUCGACGAACAGUUAGCAAUUAUGAUUGCAAAAGAGUUUCAACCAUUUAGUUUGGUAGAAAAUGAAGAAUUUAAAAAAUUCGUUCAUCUAUUAAAUCCUGGGUACAAAUUACCAUCUAGAAAAACAGUAUCAAAAUCAUUAUUACCACAGCUACUCAAUGAAACUAAAGAAAAAGUGAAAAAUAAUUUAAAUAAUGCUCAAUUUAUAGCGUUUACUACUGAUGGUUGGACCUCAAUAAAUAAUGAUAGCUUUGUUGCCGUGACCGUUCAUUUUAUUGAUACAACAGGAUGUGUUUUAAAGUCUUUUUUACUUGGGUGUUUUAAUUUUGAAAAAUCUCAUUCUAGUAAUAAUUUGUCGGUGUUUUUAAAAGAUUGUUUUAAUGAAUGGAAUAUUAGUGAAAAAAUCAAGGUUGCUGUCACUGACAAUGCGGCAAAUAUAACAGCAGCAAUCAAAAUGAAUAAAAACUGGCGUCAUAUACCAUGUUUAGCUCACACAAUAAAUUUAAUUGCUCAAGCUGGACUAGAAGAAAUAAACCACGUAUACAAAAAAAACUUUUGACAUGUUUCAAAGGUGUAUACUAAUUAAAGAACCACUCAUUUCCACAAUUGCUAUAAUAGGUAACGUAGACAAUUUGACUAACGAAGAUUUUGAAAUAAUGCAACACUAUUGUGAAAUAUUUAAGCCCUUUAAAGAAGCCACUGUUGAACUUAGUUCUGAAAAAGGCGUUUCAAUUUCUAAAGUCUUAAUUAUAACUCAAAUGUUACACUCUCACAUUAAAAAUAAUAUACAGAACAUUCAACUACCACAUACAAUUCAUUUGAUGCUUUCUAAAAUGCUAACGAGAGCCGAUAAAAAGUUUGAAGGUAUUGAAAAUCAACGAGUAUUAACUGAGGCAACUUUAUUAGAUCCGCGUUUAAAAAAAAAAGCAUUUGAUAACCAUAUUAUAUACCAGCGUACGUACGAUCAAAUCGUAGAAAAAAUUGCGGCAAUAAUUAAAAGGAAUAAAAAUAAUGACGAACAUAAUAUAAAUACACCAUUGAACAAUAAUGCAAUAGAAAAUGAAACAUCUGAAAUUUGGAAACACUUUAAUGCACAGGUAUCAACACCAACAUUAAGUACACCAAAAUCUGAAGCUAUUGUGGUGUAACGUGGUAAAAAAUCUAAACCAAUCCCAAAUAUUUGUAAUUCUUAUGGUUACGGCGCCUCCACCAAUAUGUAACGUGGUCGGGGAUGACCAGUUAAAUAUAUGAUAUUCAGGGAAGGUUUUCUAAUCCUUAUGAAUAUAUUGUACCGUAGCACGGGAUGCAUAAGAGGAAAGAUCUUGAUAUUACAAAUAAAUGUAGAUUGGUUUAGAUUUAGUUA